GUCAACCCCACGAACGCUAUUCGGCCGCUAACCGCUCACGGUGUGAUGCUCUCCGCAGGUUCCGGGGAUGGUGGAGCUGGGCGGGGCUUGUUUGGUCCCUUCCCGGGGUCGUUUCUCGCGAACGACUCGCAAGCGGCGCCACCAACCUAGGAAUUUUCGGUAGAGACCCGGAAAUAGACGAUGGGAUUCCCGAAGACGCCGAGUAUUUGAUGGAGAGAGGAUCCGCGAGGUUGGUUCGGUGUCCCUGAUUGUCGAGCUGCAGGAAAGGAUUUCUUCCCCUCAUCUCUUAUCUCUGCCUUCUUCCUCCCUUUCCUUACGCGUUGCUCGUUUCGCCCGACGUAACGUCAACAUGUCUGCCCUCAACGAGGAAAAGACGAACAUCCAAGAAGUCGAUGCCGUCGAGAAGACGCUCGACCAUGGCAGCAGCACCGACUCCACAGACGAGCCACGACCCAAGAUCUCCUUCAAGACGAAGAUGGCCAUUCUCUCUCUCAUAAUGAUGUACGAAUCCUACCUCUUCACGCUCAUCAUGCCCGCCGCCAUCCUGGCCUACAUAAACGCCGACCUCGGUCCCGACCCCAGAUACCCCUGGAUUACCGUAUGCUGGAACCUGGGUGCUGCUAUCAUCGUGACUGUUGGGGGCCGUCUCGCCGACAUCUUUGGCCGCCGCUGGUUCCUGCUCACAGGCGCUAUAUCCGCCGCAAUCGGGGCCCUCGUCGGCGCAACUGGCCAAUCCAUCCCCCAGAUGAUCGCGGCUGGCGUGCUCUUCGGCUUCGGCGGCGGCUUCCAAGAGAUGUGUUUUGCGUGUGCGCAGGAGCUUGUGCCGAAUCGAUACCGGUUUGCGACGCUGGGAGUGAUGAUUUUCGCGAACCAUGUUAGUAGUUUUGGGCCGCUGAUUGGGUAUGCGUUUGUGAAGUAUACGGGGAUUGGGUGGAGGGCUUGCUAUUGGUUUUGCUUUGCGAUGGAGGGGGCGACGGCGGUGAUGCUGUGGGUGUUUUAUCGGCCUCCGACCUUUGAAACGAAGCAUGAGGACGAUGGGAAAGGCAAAUGGGAAUUGGUGAAAGAGCUGGAUCAUGUCGGGCUCUGGCUGUUCACUGCUGGAUGUUUGUUGUUGCUCCUGGGGCUUAAUUGGGGAGGCGUAUCGUACCCCUGGUCCAGCGCUCACGUCAUUGCUCCGAUCGUUAUAGCCUUCGUCUGCUUCGUCGCCCUCGCCUUCUGGGAAGUUUACGCCAACCUCAAAUACCCGAUCCUCCCGCCAAGGCUAUUUAAGAAAUGGCGAGACUUCACCGCGCUACUUAUCGUCUGCUUCGUCGCCGGGAUGCUGUACUACAGCAUGAACGUGCUCUGGCCCCGCCAAUCAACCCUCCUCUUCCUGAAUUCAAACGACACCAUAAUCCGGGGCGUGUACGCGAACAUGGUUUCUUUCGGUACAAUCGUGGCAGGGUGGUACUGUCUCACCGUCAUGCCAUGGAUCGGCCACGAACGCUGGCAGCUUGUUGGCUUUAUCACGGCUCAAACAGCGCUCAUCGGAUCCAUGGCUAGUAUCGGUAUCAACGACAAAGCGCAAGCAAUCGCUACGGUCAUUAUCGUCUCGGCCUGUAACUUGCCACCAAGUCCGUUGAGCUUCGGUAUGGUUAGUCUGGGCCUGGACGAUCAAAACGACAUCGGUGUUGCGGUGGGCUUGAUUUCGACCUUCAGACUGAUCGGAGGUGCUGUUGCAACCAGCAUUUACGUUUCGAUUUACACUUCCCGAUAUGCGUCGAAAAUUGGUCCAACGCUGCAGCGCAUGACGGCCGAUACCGGAUUCUCUGGAUCGCUCACCUCGCUCCUCAAGGCCACUGCGCUGAAUACUCCUGCGGCGUACGCGAAAGUUCCGGGUAUUAACCCGGAGACAAUCCAGGCGGCAAUGCUGGCAGUCAAGACUUCGUAUGUUGGUGCAUUCAAGGUCGUCUACCUAGUCGCCAUCGCAUUUGGAGUCUGCGCGAUUGCAAGCGCGUUGAGCACGAGGAGUGUAAAGAAGAGCAAUAAGAGCAACGCACAGGCUGUGCAUCUGGAGACUGAGAAAGAGACGAGUAGGGUUUGACGGAUGCGACCGAAAAGACGGCGGUAGUCUGAGUUGUUUGAUGAGUG